AUGGCCCCCUACCGCUCCAUGUUAGCCGCCGCUCUCGGUGGCGCCUACCUCCUCUCUUCAGGCCGAAUCCCCCAAUGGCCGGCACCCGGCUUCCUGACCGCCUUUGCGGUCCUUUGGGGCACCCAGGUGCUGGCGUGGGCUGCGUGGGUAGUCAUACUCUACCCGAAGGUCUUUUCGCCUCUGCGAGGACUUCCCGAGCCCAGCGGCAAUUCGUGGUUCAUGGGUCAGUGGAAAGCGAUUGUGGCACUCCCCACGGGGGGUCCCAUGUUGAACUGGAUCGAUUCCAUCCCAAACAAGGGCCUUAUCCGGUAUCUAGGCCCAUUCAACCAAGAAAGGCUCUUUAUCACAUCUCCCAAGGCUCUCGCCGAGGUGCUUGUCACCAAGAACUACGAAUUCAUCAAGCCGGAAGCGCUUCGCUUUUCCAUCGGCCGCAUCUUGGGUGUUGGCGUCCUCCUUGCCGAGGGCGAUGAACACAAGGCGCAGAGGAGAAACCUGCUCCCGGCUUUUGCCUUCCGCCAUAUCAAAAACAUAUAUCCGGUCUUUUGGACCAAGUCAAGGGAGGGUGUGGAAGCCAUGACAGAAGCCAUCCUCAAGGAGGCUGCCCAACGAAACGACGCAGAGAAGAAUACGGCCGUCAUUGAAGCGGGCAACUGGGCCUCGCGCGUCACCCUCGACAUCAUCGGCGUCGCGGGCCUUGGUCGUGACUUUGACGCUAUCAAGAACCCGGACAACCGGCUAACACAGGCCUACGCCCGUAUCUUUAGGCCGAGCCGCCAGGCGCGCAUUCUCCAACUACUGGGCAUGAUGAUUUCCCCCAAACUAGUUGCUUUGUUGCCGGUCAAGCGUAACGAAGACAUCGGGGUCUCAGCCAACUUGAUCCGAGCCGAGUGCGCCAAGAUCAUCCAGGAGAAGAAGCAGAAGCUGGCACAGAAGGAACCGUCCGACCCGGACAUCCUGUCGCUCAUGACGUUCCUCGCCGCCGGUCACGAGACCACGGCGUCGGCCAUGACCUGGGCCGCCUACCUGCUCGCCAAGCACACCGACGUCCAAGCCCGCCUGCGCGCUGAGGUCCGCGAGCACCUCCCGCCCCUCUCGGGCGACGACUCGACCGUGUCGAGCGUCGACAUCGACCGCAUGCCCUAUCUUAACGCGGUCUGCAACGAGGUGCUGCGCUACUUCGGGCCCGUACCGGUGACGCUGCGCAUGUCGGCGUGCGACACCAGCAUCCAGGGCCAGUUCGUGCCCAAGGGCACGCAAAUCAUGCUCGUGCCGUGGGCCAUCAACCGGUCCGAGGGGCUGUGGGGCGCCGACGCCCGCGUCUUCGACCCGGAGCGCUGGAUCGCCAAGUCGGACGCCGACAAGCGCGCGGCCAGCGGCGGCGCCGAGAGCAACUAUGCCUUCAUGACCUUCUUGCACGGCCCGCGCAGCUGUAUCGGUAUGUCGUUUGCCAAGGCCGAGUUUGCGUGUCUGUUGGCGACGUGGGUGGGGCGGUUUAAGAUGGAGCUGCAUAACAAGGAGGAGAUGGAUGAGUCCAAUAUUGAUAUCAAGGGUGGGGUCACGUCGAGGCCGGCGAAGGGUAUGUAUGUCAAGACGACGGUUCUUGAGGGCUGGUGA